CGAGGAACGUCGUCUUUGACGGUCAGAUGCAGUCGCGCAGCAAAAUUAGUCGUCAAUCCGCAUUGCAUAAAAGACAACGUCUUGUGGAAUUUUAACUGAUUUCAAUAAGAGUAGCGGUUGACAAAUUUCAUCAAUCUUUACGAAAAUCGCUCCAACAUUUCCCGUGUUUUAUCAAAAUUAGUGAAUAACAAAGGGUCAAUAAUUACUGAAAGUGUUACACACAUGGUGAAAACUAUUAUGAAGCCACAGGCUUCGAGAUUAUUUGAACUGUUGUUCAAGUUUCUCGUAAUUACGUUAGUAAAGUGUUAGUAAGGUGAUAUGUUAAGUCGAUUUGGUGAAGUUGAACCGUUACUUUGAUAAAGACUCAGCAUUAUUUCAAAAAAUUUUAACCAAGUUAUGCGAAAUUCGUUACGGUUUUGAAACAGUGUUGAGUUUGGAUUCUUUUAGAAUAACUCGGUGAUCUCAAAUCACAUGAAAUUGCCUACAGCCAUUUAACGUCUUCGGAAAUUAUUUGCAGACAAACAUAAUUGCAGCCUGCAAUCAAGGCUUCAAUGAAUUUAUCCAAAGUCACAAGUAUUCAUGAUUUAUCGUUGCAAGUCCAGUAAAGUCUUCCGAAAUAUUCUUUAUACGAUACCUACGUCGGUGUUGAAACGCGUUGUUGUAUCCUUUGUCUCCGGAAGCUAGCUAUGUGGUCACAAGGAACUGAUAAGAACACGCAGAGUCUACGGGACAGUAAAACUCUUCUUAACGGAUAUCUCCCAACAAUGAAUUCCUUAACAUUGUAAAGUGUCAAUAUUGUUCUGAAUACCGGACAUUCCUCGAUAACGGACAAUAAUUUUAGUCCCGAAGAUACCCGAUAUUGGGAAGUUUAACAUAAAAACUUUUAACAUUAUCUCAAAUUUCUACAGAAUUAACCGCAGGAGUUGGUCUGAUGCAUGACGUCCAGCUCCAGACGGUCUUUCCAUGACCGUAUAACAAGACGGGAGAAUAAAUGAAACACAGUGAUCAAUUUGUAAUUCCGAAGUGAACAAUUACAGUAGACUGGCCUAAGUCUGUUUGCUUGGUUCUCGUUAACGAGUAUCAGUCACUGGGUCAUUUGUAUACUGGAUUAAAUGCAAUGGACCAGUGAUACCCUCGAUCCCGAUAUCUCAAGUGAACGUUGAAAAUAUUACUCAUGACAAAUAAAAUCUUUCUGAGUUACGCGAAGAGUUCACGAGACGGUUCGAAGCUGUCAAAACAACCGAUUUGUUAAAGAGGCUUGAAUUGUUCAUCCGCAGUGCCUUUAACGUUCCGUAAAUAAUUGUUAACUAAUAACAUCAGUGUAAUUUAGUGAGUAAUUCAAGUCAAAAUGUAUUCGUUAAAUUUCCUACUGCUGAUCCUUGCACUUGUCGUACGUUUUGACCAAGGUUCUACUGAAACAAGUUGCAUCACGAGUGCAGGCGAGCCUCACCUUUUAUUUUACUCUAUUUUUACCAACGCGUCUGAAGUUGACUUCGACGUUCCUUCAACGCUUCCUGUCAAUGCCUCGUUGGAUACGGUUUUCAUUAUACACGGAUUCUUGAGCCACGCGACGAAGGACUGGGUAAAUGACACUGUGUCAGCUCUUUUGCGAAACCAACCGAGGAAUAUCUUCGUGGUCGAUUGGAGAAUCGGAGCUUGUACUGAGAGCAGUAAAUAUCUGAUAUUGAAGACAUAUGGCGCGGCAGCUGAAAACACUAAAGAAGUCGGUCAAUCCGUAUCCAGAUACAUCGAAAAGCUCGUCGACAAUUAUUCCAUUCUGCCGAAAGAUGUGUGGAUCAUAGGACACAGUUUGGGUGCCCAUGUCGCUGGAUUUGCAGGCAAAGAUCUCCAGUUACGCAGGCGAUGGAAACUCGGACGCAUUACGGGACUCGAUCCUGCUGGACCCAAAUUCAGAGAAGUAGGCCCUGCCGAUCGUCUGGAUAAAAUGGACGCUGCGUUCGUUGAAGUGACGCAUACAUCUUCGUUGCUUGGUCUUCAGGAACCCGUCGGGCAUGUCGAUAUUUAUUUUAAUGGUGGUGAAUUCCAGCACAGCUGUUUACUCAGGACACCUGGCUGCUCGCACGCGAGAGCUAUCGACUUUUAUAUCGAAGCCAUUAGAAAUUCGAAUUGUAAUUUCAUAGGAAGGGCAUGGUCAAAGGAUAAUGGGUAUAAAAAUAUGACGAAAUCGGGACGCAGUGAAGAUUUAAUGACAGUGGUCGGACCCAUGGCCGAGAAAUAUUCUGCACAGGGGACAUUCUACAUUGAAACUAAUAACGAAUCUCCCUACUGCACUGGGAAAUCGCCAACUUCUGAUGUUGCGGUAAUACCUGCCGAUAACAGUCCUCUGGAUGAAAAUUUAUUCGAUAGUCCAUUUUUUUGAAGCAAAAGAUAAUUUUAAUGUAUCUGUCUAAAAGUGAGCCGAGAACCCUAUAGCACUAUAAAAUAAAAUUCCAUUAUACACACACAA